AUGAGGACCUUCUUAUACCCGCCGGUCUCAGGCCCCAGCCCCUUCCUCCGCUUGCAAAUCAUCAUCGCCACCGUCCUAUUCUUCAUAGUCCUAUACCUUGUCUUUGAUCCCUCGUCCACAUGGCCACCGUUCGGCCGGCGCAACCCAUUUGUCGGAGAACCGACCGAGUCGGUGAGCUGGCACCGCUAUGUCCGCGCCACACAAAGUGAUGUCAUCAGGCCCGUCGCCGUGCUCGAAAAGCUCACGAAGGGCCGCGUGCGCAACCAGCACGGCCUCAUCGAUGGGACUGGGCCGACAGUGCUGGUGAGGAAGAAUGAGACGGAAGAGGUGCCGAGCAUCGUGGUGGAUUUUGGCAUGAAUACCGUCGGCAUCCUCUCAAUCGAGUUUGCUCAUGCGAAGGGGGACGGGGAAAGUUUGCCGGGCUUGAGGCUUGCAUUUUCGGAGACGCUUAAGCAUUUGUCGUCUACGAGCGAUUUCUCACGGUCUUAUAAUGCAUGCUCGCAGAGGUUCUUCGAAUCAUCUGACGCCCGGGACAGAUCAGUUAGGAAGCGCAAAUACACCUGGACCAACCAGCUGGGCUGCGAAGAGUCUGGGAAGGUCUGUGCUGAUGGACUUCACGGUUUCCGAUAUGUUCGUAUCUCCCUUGAUGCUCUUAAGAAGGAUGCGCCCUUGACUACGCCUCAAGGCACGGUGGCCAUCUCAUCCAUAUCUAUACGGCUAUCCGCGUUUCACGGUACUCCCGACACCUUCACUGGUAUGUUUGAGUGCUCGGACGAGGAUCUCACCCAAUGGUGGUACGAUGGCGUAUACACCAACGACCUCUGCACCGAUACCUUCCGUGCCAACGAUACGGAGCCCAGGGAUGCUGAUAGUGACAGCCUCGAUGGGAAACUUGUGUUGCAUGAUGGCGCUAAACGGGACAGGGAUCCAUACGUUGGGGAUCUGGCUGUCGCUGCCUUGACGACUUACUUAUCUCAUGACACAAGCGAGGCUGUGAGGAAUGUGUUGGCGGAUUUAGCAGAUCACCAACGAGACGAUGGCUGGAUCCCACCUGCGAGCAUUUUCCGGUACACCUUGCAUUUGUUUGACUAUCCCCUCUGGUGGGUCGUCUGCACAUUUGACUAUGUAAUGCACACCGGCGACAUGAAGUAUCUUCGGCAGUAUUACCCUAAUAUGGUUGCGGUUCUUGACGGAUUUUAUCCGAGUCUCAUGAACAACGAAACAGGCCUCGUUGAGAAGGGCCGACGUGGCACUGGCGGCUGGGGCGACUAUGCUUUUAUUCGGCGCACCGGACCUGUUACCUAUUACAACGCUCUCUACGUGUAUGCCCUUCGUCUGGCUUCCGUCUUGGCGGAGUCACUCAGUGCUACUAGUAAUGACACCCGUUCGCACGACGCUCAGAGGUGGAUGCUGCGAGCGGACUCUGUAAGUACUGCGUUGAAGGAGCACAACUUCGAUCACACGGAAGGGCUUUUUUACGAUGGCACUUGCAGCCGCGGCAAGGUAUACUGCCCCACGCAUGCCCAAGACGGCAAUAGUAUCGCUAUACUCGCCGGAGUUGUUAGCCAGGAGACAGGCGGGGAUCCGGCGCUCCCAACCGCGCAGUCGAUCCUCCACCGCUGGGGCAACAUCACGGCACGCGACUGGGGGAACGCCUACUACAGCAAUUCGUUCCUUGCGGGCGACUAUGGCGACCGAACGUACGCCUUCAUUUCCUACUUUGAGAUCGCCGCCCGUUUCGAAACGGGCCUAGUCGACUCGGCGCUUGAGGAGAUGCGGCGGCUCUGGGGAUACAUGGCGAGUCGGGAUCCGGGCGUCACGUUCUGGGAGGGCAGCGAUCCCAGUUACAAUAGGGACUCGUUCAAGAGUAUGGCGCAUGGUUGGUCUUCGGGCGUGGUGGCGCUGCUUACGAGGUAUGUGCUUGGUGUCACGCCCGAGGGGCCUGGUUUCACGAAGUGGAAGGUGAAGCCGCGUGAGGGUGAUCUUUCGUGGGCGAGAGGGGUGGUUCCUGUUCCGGGGUCGAAGGAGGGUAUUCGUGUGGCUUGGAGCAGGGCGGAGUCGGGCAGUUUUAGUCUGGAAGUCAAGGUUCCUGAGGGCCUUGAUGGAGGUAUCAUUGCGGUGCCUGUGAUCAGCAGGCCAGUGGAUGUCAGAGUGAAUAACGAGGUUGUUUGGGGAGACGGCGUUGUUGGGCAGGUGUCUGCGAAGCUGGUAGAUGGAUACGUCGAGUUUGAGGCGCAGGGCUCCGAGUUCUCGAUCGUGGUUGAUCCCGCCGAGGGCGGAGAGCUGUGA